AUGGCGGAUGUUUUGAAACAAGUUCGGACAGCACCUGACUGUUUUGUGUAUUUGUGUUGAAACAUGGAGUUAGCGUAAAAUCAGUGGUUGAACGAAUGCUGUAGAAUAUGGAGGGUGUAAAUAUUUUAAGACAGGAUAUAAAUUUUCAGGGAUUGUUUAAGAAACUUGGUCACGACCUGGAAGAAAUCCGUGUUCGAGCUCUGGAUAAUCUGCUCUCCAAACUAGAACACAAAUUGGUGUGUGAUGCUGAUCUAGUAAAUGAGAGACAUCUCCUCAUCAGACUGAUAGAAUGGUUCAAUUUCCCCAGCAGUACUAAACACAAGGAUGUCUUACUACUGUUACAGAGACUGUCACAGCACUCUGCUGCUGCCGAGAUUCUUCAGGAGGUAGGUGCUAUAGAGUUUCUUGGUAAGCUGCGGUCUGAUGUGGCCAGUUCUCUACAGCCAGUGAUAGACCAAGUUCUGGAGAACACCAUGAGAUUACCACAGACAAGGACUGAAGAUCAUGUACCUCAGUGUCUAUACCAAAGACACACGGAGGAAACAGAAUCUGUCCAACAACAUGUUAUGUCUGGCUGGGAUUCCAUAGGAUCACAAACAACAAAUUCUUCUGUCCAGCCACCACCGAUCACUGACAUUCCACAUAUAGCGAGCGGACGAGACAUGGGCAUGGGGUACUUUCAGCACCAGCAGCAGCAGCAGCCCGCUGUAUCUACCCCAAUUGUUCAGCAGAAUUCAGAGGCUAGCACUCAAGGAGGAAGUGAGAGUUUCCAGCUGUCCGCCUUUCCCUGGCUGGCCCUCACACCAACAGACAGACACGUCAUACAGUCAACCAACUCAUCACUACAGAGUAGAGAGCCACACCUCCUGGCCAGCUCUUGUGAAUUCCUCAGUGAUGUUGUGUUCCAAGACUUCCCUGCAGAAAUAUUUCUCCAGAGGCCAAAUAUUGUAAAAAAUUUAUUAUCAAUUCUUGGAAGUCCUACCAAUUCGAACACCAACUUGACAAUGAGUGCUGCACGUACUCUUGGGGAUUUGGCAUUUUCUCUGAGAUCAAGAAUGCGAUAUUACCAAGAUCCAACAUUGUGUACACCAAAGCAAGAGUUCACAUCCUCCUCAUCAUCUCCAUUUUCUGCUUCACCAAGUACAGAGUCAAACCACUCUACCCCUUCUGAACCUCGACCAUCAGCGAUUGGUGUAACAGACACACGUCACCGUGGUGAUGGUCGAGACGGCGAUUCAUCCACUUCCUCCAGCAGCUCACGGGCUUCAAGUAUUGGCCUUGGCCCCGACAUGACAACCACACGCGAGGAGACCGACAUCGAGGACGCACCAGCCCUACAGUUCGUACAGCUGACCUUACCACAGUUCUGUGCCCUGGUCCUGGAGAAGGCCCUGCCAUUGUUACAGACAGGCGAGGAGAGUGUGGUGGUACACCUGUUAUACCUACUGAAGGAGAGCUUCGGUAUCCUGGUGUCUGUUGUCAGUCCGUCUGUCUGGACUGACACUAGUCCUGCUGCUAGGGAAAUGGUAGAAAAGUUAACGGGAUGCCUGAGUGUUAUAGCCGAGCUGAUGAGUUACCAUCACUAUGGUAACAGUGAUUCUGACAACAGUAAAUCUGGACUGAUUCCUCACAGGCUUGCAUACAUUGGUGUUUGUGGGUUCUUAAAUCAACUACUCAAAGAUCUCAUCCCUUUUCAAAAGGUGCGGAGUUUACUGCCCGAGAACCUAGUCAAGGCUGUAACUGUGGCUGUGUAUGAUGAGAGUCUGUCCAACAGCUACCCUGACAUACAGAUCACACUGCUGUCUGUCCUACAACUAGUGGACACUGACCGCUACCAGGUCUACGUGGACACUGCCAAGGUCGCCCAGUCCAUGCACAAAUCCUGUAAAUUCCUGAUGCUGUGUCAGCAGGAGGCGUAUAAGGGGAACAAGGAGCUGGCCACCCUGGCUGAGGCCUCACUGUUGAGUCUACAGUAUCACCUACAUCUGCCUCUUGUCAUUGAGUUUGUCAAGCUCACAUCCUCUGUGUGUGCAAGUGUCUCUGGUGACCAGGACCUCCAAGGUCGUUGUAGACAAGUGUUAUUGAAAUACCUGGCUAAUCCAGUGGUACAGGUACGACAGCGGGCUUACAACACAGUGUUACAGAUCAUUAAGGGAGCUGUUUGUGUGGAUGAGGCAUCAGACCCAAGUUCUGAGGCAUGCCGGCUCAGCCGCUUCCUGUUUGAUACAGAUGUCCUGUACCAGAUCAUCGUGUUUGCACUGGACGACAAGGAUACAAAGGUUGCCAGGACAGCGACAGACAUGAUGUGCCACUUACUGAACAGUCCCCUGAUGAUGUCCUCACAGAUGUGGACAGAGUUCAUGGAGAGUCUGCGCCGCCCACUCCCUGUCCUCCAGUCGUACAGCGACCUUGAGACGAGCCUGGGGAAGUGUCUACUGUCCAUGUCUGACCCACAGAUGUCAAAGGGGUCCAGUUCUCUCUCGUAUCUGGAGAAACUCCGGGCCACACUCCGGCAUAUGUUCUCAUCUGAUGUCAGGACACGAGCAGAGGCCCUGAAACGUGUUGCCUGGUUUCUGUCUAAUGAGAAGGACAGUACAAAAAAGCUACCAGUCUUCUCUGACCUGGACGUCACUAACUUAACCAAUAUCUUUGUGAUGGAGACACCAAGGUCUAUAGAUGAUGACCUGGGCCGAUCUGUAUUCCAGAUUGAUGGGUUAAGGAAAGUCAAUGACAUUUUCAAGUCUACAUCAGUAGACCCUGGAGUGAAGAAAUCAGCAGCAGAUCAACUAGCUAUCAUUCUUCAAGAUCACAAUUUACAUUCUGCAUUCAAAAGAGAUGGAGGACUGGAAAAUGUACUGGAUCACUUAAAGUUGGCCAUACUACGGGAUCAAGGACCUAACAAGAUUGACUACCUGCCGUACCUGAAUGCCUGUGUUAGCAUACUGAGAUACCUUGUCCACCAUGACUACACCCUCCGACACAAACUGGCCACAAACGAGGAAAUAUACACCUGUUUGAUUAGAGCUGCCUUUAUUAACCAGAGGGAUGAGAGGACAUGUUACGAGGCAGCUCACACUCUCACGCUCCUUUUGUUCGAUGAGGUUGCCAAGUUUGACAUGGGAGGAGGACAAAAUCCAGUUGUGACGUUUUCUAUACCAAAAGUUUUAAAGAAAAGAUACCGCUUACCUUUCCGCCCUGUAUGUCACCAUGAGAUAAGUCCCCACCAGGGCCCACAGCCCCCUGAGCCAGAUCCUCUGACAAAUGGACCUCCUGCCGAGAUGUUGAAGGUUGUUUGGAAUGUAGCCUGGCAUGGAGGGAUGGACAAACUCCUGUCUUACCUCAAAUUACACAAGUCUAAACAGGACAAGUUCACCGAAUUUUCUGCGAAGCUUCACUUGACUUGUUCGGACCGUGUGGUUAUACAGACCACACACCUACGUCAGGGUAUGCAGGAGGCUGUGUUUGAUAUCAGUAACGCUACCUCACAUAGAGGUGUCAGUACCGCACUCAACCGACUCCUCACCUACCUCGUCACGGCUCAGGGUCACCCCGGAGUUGAUGAUGUGUUCAACCUGGACUGGUUCACCACAAUUGGCAGGUUCCUGAAAGUGACCCCCUCCUUGACAGCAGAUGAAUCCCUGUUACAAGAGGUACUGAAGUUCAUUUGCAUAGCUCUGAAAUUGACCAAUGGUGUGCCAGAUAACACUCUGCAGUGGCUGGGAGAGAUGUUGUACCAACCAUCAGGCACUCUGAUUGGUCUACUUCACAGAGCGUCAGUGAAGGGAGAAGCAAGAGAUGUGCCAGAAAAUGUUAACAUUAAAAGGACACUGGACAAAGAGCUACUGUCUUUCAUAGCGACAUACAACAGUAAACUACCGUACCUGUUGUGUAGAAGACUGAAGAUUCAGCAGCUGAGAGGAGACCUUUCUCAUCAACUGAUUCAGCGACUUAACGUGACAGAUGCCCCUCACUUUUACAAUCUCGCCUCCCUUGAAGGAACUCUCCAAUGUCUGAUGCACAUCACAGCCAGACCAGGGUGGAGCCAUGAGAGUACAGAACUAGACAGUGGGGCCCUUUGUUCCCAGGUCCUCCAUUGUUUACUGGAGGUUGUGUCUGCCUUUCACAUUGGACGUGGAGGGACAUCAAUGUCUUACAUGGGGAAGGGUGUCACCAAGUCUGCUACACUCUGUCUUCGUCACCUCGCACAUGAAAUGGCCACAUACUCUGAUGACAAGAACUGGGCGAGGCAAUGGUCCCACCUACAGCAGAAGUCUGACAUGUCCCGAAGUGUAGUGACAGGAGAUUCCGGCCUGAUUUGGAUGUUGACACUGUGGGCAUACAGAGAUCCCGAGGUGAGGGCUGCUGGCCUCGGUAUAGCUGUCGCACUGACUUCUACAGAACCAGGUCGUAUUGUUAUGACGUCCCACUGUAAACACAUCCCAGGGGGGAUCUGGGGAGCAGCGUUCAGUAUACUUUUGGAUCAGGCUGAAUGCAGUAUGGUUCGUCAGCAGGCAGCAUUGCUCCUAGUGAACAUGACAUCACAGACAAUGCCAUGUGGUAGCGUGGAGCUAGAACAGAAUGUGUGGCAGGGGCCCAUUGUCACGGAUACAGAGUUUGAGGUGUCUCUGGUUGGCCUGACUGCUCUGUUGGCACUAAUUCACCACAGCCAGUUUUACCAGGAGAUGCUUGUCCUGUUGUGUAACUUCUAUGCCCAGCCUACCAUCCAACCAGUCAGUGUGUUGGAAGUACCGGUCAGUCAUCUGUCCACUACAGGGUCAGACUCGACGCUCUCUACUGUAGCUGAAUUUGGAACAGAUGGACUUCAGAGUACAUCAGGAAGUAACCAGCCGAGAUCCAAGGGGAGGGGACAUAUUCACCAGACAUCCAACUCUAGUGGCAGCAAGACACGCCAUUCCACCACUGACCCCACAGGGAACAGUACCAGUAGUACUCUGACUGGAGAACAGUUGGAGUACCAGAGUAUUGCCACGCCCUCCCUGGUAUCCUCUGUGUGUCAGUUCCUACGUAAUCUGGUGAUAUUGGCUCCUCAGGACACAUUUACCUGUCUGAAAAAGGAUUCUUAUAUACAAGUACUCACCAAUAUGGUUGACACUAACCUGUUGGAUGCCUACAUGACAGAGAUGGAGGAGGGAUGUUCUGAUCAGCUGGAACUUGUCUUCUGUGACCUGCUCCAUAUGUAUGCAGCCAUUUUGGAUCUGUUGCGUACCUGUGUGGUGUAUGACACUCCCAUCAGACAGGAAGUGUUAGCCAAUGAGGAUUUCAUCAGGUCCACUGCAGCUCUCCUCACCAUCCGAUUCGAGGGCUCUGCUGACGUGGAGGGAUGUUGUCAUACACUGUGGAGUUCUGUGUUCUCCUUCCUCACUGUCCUACUACAGCUACAGGGGGCCUCCGCUCUCCACAGCUUCACCAUGGCCGCCCACACUCUUUGGACAUCUAUAUCAGAAACAAUUUGCUCUGUACUGGAGAAAAGAAUACACCUGAGCAAGCACCUGUUUGACAAUUGUUUACGAUUCUUGUCCAUACUCUUCAGUGAAGAAGGUAAACUGGUGGGGAGACAACCCCAGUUAGCAGAGGACACAAUCACAAUCAUUGGCCUCCUUAACACGCCUCUAAAGUCAGACACAAAAGAUACCGACCAAGGGGAGGUAACUACAGGCAGUCAGCUUUGUAAGGUGUUGGUUAAUGUGUAUGAACACUCAUGUAUAAAGUCCUCUGACCAUAAGGAGGAUGAACGUAUCCACGCUGCCACAGCCCUGAGGACACUGCUAGCCAUAUCCAGCUCCGCCAAGGCCACAGCUCUCCAGUUGGGACUGGUGGAGAGUGUUAUUGAUCACAUCAAACAGACUCACACCAAACUCAACAUGGAGUCACUCCAGCCUGGUAAACCUAGCACCAAGAAGAAAGAGGACCCACUGAUGAGUGACCUCAUCCUCACUUUUGACCUUCUGCGCAACUUCAUUUUCCAGGACCAAGAGGCUAAGAUGGCCUGUUACUACUCUGGUCUACACAACAUCAUACACCGACUUUGGGCCUGGUGUCAACUAGAUAUGGCCGUCAUGUCUUCUACUCUCUCCCUUCUCACCACCUACAUAGCUCACUGCCCCACAGCCACCAGCUCCCUAGCCUACACAACCACAUCUGUCUCUACUGGAGGUCAGAAAUCACAACAGCUCAGUAGUAACUCCCUGGUUCACUGUCUCAUACGUCUAGCUGGGAGAGACAACAUCAAGGACUCCAUACUCCGCACUCUCUUCUCCCUCCUUGCCACCCUCACACUGUCCUCUGAGGGUAGGAACAUUGUGUUUAAGAGUAACUUUCUGAGAGAAUUCCUGAGUCUAAAUCCAAGAAAAAGUAAGAAGACGAAACACGUACAGAACUUAGAACUGUUCUGGCUGGAGUUGCUGGUCAACCUGUCUUUCUCAGUGGAGGGUCAACAGAUGCUGCUGAAAACAGGAGACUGUGUGAACCUGCUGUUGGAUUUUGUGGAAUGUGGCAAGGGGAAGGUCCAGGAGUGUGCGACCCUCAUCCUCCGUAAUAUGUGUUGUCACACCAGUAACAAACCAAAACUCCUUGCCUGUGACAAACUACUGCCCCAGCUGUUGGAGUGUCUGACCAGUGGUAAUACCCAAAUCCAGUGUGUGGCUGCCUCGGCUCUGUGGGCGCUCGUCUUCAACAACCAGAAGGCAAAGGUGAUGAUGAAGAAUGCCAAUGUGAUCCCCAAACUCCAAGAAGUAAUGAACAACAUCAACAACCACUACAGACGGGACACAUCAGACAAGUGUUUAGAGGACCUGCAGUCUGUUGUAGCUGCUGUGGGGGAAUAGUCACACCAACAACCACUACAGACGGGACACAUCGGACAAGUGUUUAGAGGACUUCCAGUCUGUUGUAGCUGCUGUGGAGGAAUAGUUACACCAACAACCACUACAGACGGGACACAUCAGACAAGUGUUUAGAGGACUUCCAGUCCGUUGUAGCUGCUGUGGAGGAAUACCCUCUAAAGAUAUGAAAUAGACUUGGUUUUGUUGGUCUGCCAUUGACUAAAGUCUGUAGUUGUGUAUGUAGAGACAUAGAUUGUAUUUUGGAUCAGCAUCAGUUAUUGUGAGAAUAUUGCUAGGACUAACAUACAAGCAUUGUAACAUGUUUGGAUCACUCCUUAGGUAUAUCUGGAGAAGUGCCAAAUGCUGUUUAUCAUCUCAAGUCUAGUUAAUGUUUUAUCCAGUUAUGACAUGAGAUAAUAGAUGAAUGUGUAUCCUGGUAGUAUGAUUGUACCAUAUGUAAGUGAUUACAGCUAUUUCUUGAAUGAGAAAGGAGAAUUAUACUAUAAUUAAACAUUCCGUCCAAUAUGUGUAUAGUACAUCCGUAUUUAUCACUGAUUUCACAUACCGAUACAGUAUGUUUCAGUUGGCUUUGUUGUUUCAUAUGGUUUAUGUUGUACAUUUAUGUAAAUCAUGUUUAUAGCUGAUAUUUAUUGCCAAUUACAUAAAUCAUGUAUUUGAAUUGUACAGAAAAUAAAUAACUUUAUACUAAAA